AUGGCGACGUCACCAGAGAGCGCUGCGACAGGCGGCGUCACCGAAGGCGACAGGCGGCGGCGUUACCGAAAUGGCGACAGGCAGCGGCAUUGCCGAAAACUGGCGACGAACAGCGGCGUUACCGAAGACGACGAAGAGAGGCGACAGAAGUUACCAGAGAGGCGACAGGCGGCCUGGUUACCAGAGAAACUGACAGCGGCGACGUUACCAGAGAAGACGCGAAGAUGGCGGCGUUACCAGAAGAUGCGACAGAAGAGGCGUCACCAGAGAAGGUCGGUUACCAGAAGGCGGCAGCGUUACCAGAAGUCGCGACAGACGGUUGACGUUACCAGAGAGUCGCGACAGGCAGGUUGCGUUACCAGAGAAGGCGACAGCGGCGUUGCAGAGAGGCAGCGACAGAAGGCCCGGCGUUACCAGAGAAGACGCGACAGAAGAGAAGCGGGACAGGCGGUUGAGUUACCAGAGAAAGGCGACAAGCGGUUAGUUACCAGAGAGACGCGACAGGCGGCGUUACCAGAGAGAGCGACAGGCGGCUGGUUACCAGAGAAGCGCGACGAACGCCUGAAUUGCAGAAGAAGGCGACAGGCGGCGGCGUCACCAGAAAACGCGACAGGCGGCGUCACCAGAAGGCAGCGACAGAGCGGCGUCACCAGAGAAACGCGACAGCGGCCCGGCGUCACCAGAAAGCGCGACAGAAGCGUUAGCGUUACCAGAGAGGCGACAAACGGCGGCGUUACCAGAAGCGACAGGCGGCGGCGUUACCGAAAGCGACAGGCGGCGUUACCGAAGGCGACACAGCGGCGACGUUACCAGAGACGCGACAGACGGUCAGUUACCAGAGAGGCAGCGACAGGCGGUCAGUUACCAGAGGAGGCGCGACAGAAGGUCAGUUACCAGAGGGCGCGACAGAAGGUUGCGUCACCAGAAACGCGACAGACGGCGGCGUCACCAGAGAAGACGCGACAGGCGGCGUCACCAGACGCGACGGGCAACGCGUCACCAGAGAGGCAGGCGGCGUCACCAGAAAACUGGCGACAAGCGGCGUUACCAGAAGAGAGCGCGACAGAGGCGGCGGCGUUACUGAAGGCGACAGAGCGGCGUUACCAGAAGGCGACGAGCGGCGUUACCAGGAACCGCGACGAGGCGGCGUUACCAGAAACUGAAGCGAAGCGGUCAGUUACCAGAGAAAGGCGACAGGCGGUCAGUUACCAGAGGCGACAGAAGCGCGACAGGCGGCUGGGUUACCAGAGGCGACAGGCGGCGGCGUCACCAGAAACGCGACAGAGCGGCGUCACCAGAAGAGGAAGCGACGAGCGGCAGCGUCACCAGAAGAAACGCGACGAAGGCGGCGUUACCAGAGAAGGCGACGAACAGCGGCGUUACCAGAGAAGACCACGACAGAAGAGAGACGCGACAGGGCGGCGUUACCAGAAGACGCGACAGGCGGCUGGUUACCAGAAAACGCGACAGACGCCUAUUUACCAGAAAGGCGACAGGCAGCGUCACCAGAAAGGCGACAGGCGGCGUCACCGAAGGCGACAGGCGGCGUCACCAGAAGGCGCGACAGGCGGCGUCACCGAAAGGCGAGAACAGCGGCGUUACCAGAAAGGCGACACAGCGGCGUUACCAGAAAACGCGACAGAAGCGGCGUUACCAAGGCGACAAAGGCGGCGUUACCAGAAGUGCGACAAACGGCGUUACCAGAAGGCGACAGGCGGUCAGUUACCAGAACGCGACAGACGGUCAGUUACCAGAGAGACGCGACAGAAGGUCAGUUACCAGAGAAGGCGACAGAAGGUUAGUUACCAGAAGACAGCGACAGACGGCGGCGUCACCAGAGAGACGCGACGAGGCGGCGGCGUCACUAGAAAAACGCGACGAGCGGCGUCACCAGAAGGCGCGACAGGGCGGCGUCACCAGAAAGCGACAGAAGGCGGCGUUACCAGAAAAGCGACAGGCGGCGCGUUACUAGAGAAGCGCGACAGACGGCGGCGUUACCAGAAGGCGCGACAGAAGCGGCGUUACCAGAAACGCGACAGAGCGGCGACGUUACCGAAACGCGACAGGCGGUCAGUUACCAGAUCGCGACAGCGGUCAGUUACCAGAGAGGCGACAGAAGAGAAGGCGACAGGCAGGCGUCACCAGAAGCGACAGGCGGCGGCGUCACCAGAAGGCGACGAAGGGCGUCACCAGAAAGCGCGACAGAAGCGCGUCACCAGAAAAACGCGACAGGCGGCUGGUUACCAGAGAGCCCAGCGACAGACUGCGGCGUCACCAGAAGAAAGCGACAGGCGGCUAGUUACCAGAAAUAGCGACAGAAGAAAGCGACAGGCGGCAGCGUCACCAGAAGAACGCGACAGGCAGGCGUCACCAGAAACUAGCGACAGGCGGCGUCACCAGAAAGCAGCGACAGGCGGGCGUCACCAGAAACGCGACGAGCGGCGUUACCAGAAAACGCGACGAAGGCGGCGUUACCAGAAAACGCGACAGAAGCGGCGUUACCAGAAAAGCGACAGGGCGGCGUUACCAGAAAACGCGACUGAAGGCGGCGUUACCAGAAGCAGCGACAGGCGGUCAGUUACCAGAAGACGCGACAGGCGGUCAGUUACCAGAGAGACGCGACAGAAGGUCAGUUACCAGAGAGGCAGCGACAGAAGGUUAGUUACCAGAAACGCGACAGAGCGGCGUCACCAGAGAACGCGACAGACGGCGGCGUCACUAGAGAAGGCGCGACAGGCGGCGUCACCAGAAACGCGACAGGCGGCGUCACCAGAAGGCGACAGGCGGCGGCGUUACCAGAAAACGCGACAGACGGCGGCGUUACUAGAAAACGCGACAAACGGCGUUACCAGAGAAACGCGACAUGGCGGCGUUACCAGAAAACGCGACAGAGGCGGCGUUACCAGAAGGCGACAGAGCGGUCAGUUACCAGAGAAUAGCGACAGGCGGUCAGUUACCAGAGAGGGCGACGAAGGUCAGUUGCAGAGAGGCGACAGAAGAGAAGCGACGAGCGGCGGCGUCACCAGAGAGAGCGACAAACGGCGGCGUCACCAGAAAACGCGACAGGCGGCGUCACCAGAAAAGCGACAGCGGCGGCGUCACCAGAAACGCGACGACGGCGGCGUUACCAGAGAAACGCGACAGACGGCGGCGUUACCAGAAACGCGACAGGCGGCCGCGUUACCAGAACGCGACAGGCGGCGUUACCAGAAACGCGACAGCGGCGGCGUUACCAGAAGACGCGACAGGCGGCGACAGAGGCGGCGUCACCAGAGAAACGCGACGACAGCGGCGUCACCAGAGAAACGCGACGAGGCGGCAGCGUCACAGAGAAACGCGACAGGGCGGCGUCACCAGAAAGAGACGCGACAACGGCGGCGUUACCAGAACGCGACAGCGGCGUUACCAGAACGCGACACGGGCGGCGUUACCAAACGCGACAGCGGCGACGUUACCAGAAACGCGACAGACGGCGGCGUUACCAGAGACGCGACAGGCGGUCAGUUACCAGAAGCGCGACAGGCGAGAGACGCGACAGGCGGCGUCACCAGAGAGAAGAUGGCGACAGGCAGCGGCGUCACCAGAAAACGCGACAGGCGGCGACGUCACCAGAAGAAAACGCGACAGGCGGCGGCGUUACCAGAAGAAGCGCGACAGACGGCGGCGUUACUAGAAAACGCGACAGCGGCGGCGUUACCAGAAAACGCGACAGCGGCGUUACCAGAAACGCGACAAACGGCAGCGUUACCAGAGACGCGACAAGCGAAAGCCGACAGACGGCGGCGUCACCAGAAAACGCGACAGCGGCGGCGUCACCAGAAGACGCGACAGCGGCGGCGUCACCAGAGAGAGACGCGACAGACGCGGCGUCACCAGAAGGCGACAGGAGCGGCGUCACCAGAAGAACGACAGACGGCGGCGUCACCAGAAGGCGACAGGCGGCGGCGUUACCAGAAAGACGCGACAGAAGCGGCGUUACCAGAAAACGUGACAGAGCGGCGGCGUUACCAGAGAGACGCGACAGACGUCAGCGUUACCAGAGAAACGCGACAAGCGGCUGGUUACCAGAAGAAAGCGACAGGCGGUUAG